UAAAGCAGCAGAACUCUAAGGCUCUGCCCUCUGACAGGGUGUGUUGAUCACAUGAUUUACAGGCAAGCCCCAGAGCACAGUUGUGUAACGCCACAGACUCACACUUCCGUCUACAGGCAACAAAGAGCUGCGACACCAGCAGUGAAGCUCAGCUGGUGUAGGACGUAUUUUCAUCAAAGUGCAAGUUUAGGAAAACAUAGACAGCAGAAAAACUAGCUCUGUUUUCUUAAACUUGCAUUCUGCUGAACACACGUCUUGACCCUCUGCAGAAGAUGAUGAUCACUGACAUUUCCCCAGAUGCAGAAAAUAAGUGUCACCAAUUUAUAUCUGAAUUAACUGGGAUCUACACAGAAGCAGGGUGCGUGGACCUUGAUACAACUGGAAGCAUUGUAAAUAAAUAUUCUGGUACAUUAAUUCCCCUUGUGAAACCGAAGAGCUAUCAUGUCAGAGUGUGUGGGCAGGAUGACACAGUCUACGCUGGAAAUGAAGAUCAGCUGGAAGCCUGGGAAGACCACUACCUGUCAGAGAGGAUGAGGAUGACGGUGAUCGGUGCCAUCGAUGACUUCCCGUGUGAGGCGUUCGCCCGCCAGUUGGUGCUCUUGCUGUGUGAAGAUGGAAACAUUUACGCCUAUGAAGACGAAGUUCUGCACCUCGUCGCCGAGAGUUUAAAGGAUCUGUUUGAAAAUGGGAUGACCUUCCCUGGAAUUGAAUCCUACAACCUUGGGGAAUGUUUUGAGGAAUACACGGAAGAGGAAUACAACGAAUUGAUGGAAUGCAGUGAAAUGAAAGAAAUGAGAGAGGCACACGAGAAAUUCAGAGAAUCCUUGGGGCUUGAGCUGCUGGAGUGUCUAGAGGAUUUGGAAAAAAGGCAAAUUAAGAUGGAGAAAGAAGCGGAAGAACAUGCAGAACAUCCCAGCAACACUUCAGACACCACUGCCAUCAAACAACCAGAAUGUUUGGAAAUUGUUUCUUGGCAACCUGUGCCAAUUGUUUCAUGGUCUUCACUGUACCAACAGUAUAAUUCAUACUUACCCAUGAGAUACACGCUUGGUCACAGUAUUAUAACUUCAAGAUGGCAUGUGCAGGGUUCUGAAACUUUGUACAUAAAACAUAUUUUGGGGGGGGCAGCUAUGGAAAAAAAAGGAUAAAGAUGUGGGCAUGGGACAGGCAUGGGCGUGGUAGUGGGGGGAAAAGUGGACCUGACUACCCAGGGCCCGAGUAGGGAGAGGGGCCCCUGAUGACAGGAAUGUCACUGGUUCAGAGCCAUCUCCUUACUUUCUAUUCAAGCAGAAGUGUCCGUGAGAGAGCCAAGUUUUCCCUGAGUGAAGACUGUAUUAUGAAAAGAUAAUACAUCAGGCAGCUGGAAAUGUCAACCCAUUAAAUGACCCCUUCUAAUCAAUAACCAUGUAUCAACCAGUUCUUUUUUAGGUUUACGUUUUGGGGAAACUUAGGGUAUCAUUUAAUAUAUCUGUCUCUGGGUAAUUCAACCCACUUACAACAUUUCAUCUGUAAUACAUUGUCUAUAUUUGCAUAGUUGUAUAUUUUGCAAAGAAUAUAUGGGUGACAGUUUUCUUAAGAAGUUUUGUUUUACUUAUUUAAUUCGUGGGUUAUCUUUAUGGUCAAUAUGUGAUUCUUUAGGCCGUUUGGUUUACAUUUUUGUUUAAAUUGUAUAUAGUGUAUAUAAUUUUUUGUUUCAUGUUACUGGACAUUCAUUAAUCACUUAAUCACUGUUUUUGUACCAUGUAUGACUGUGUAUAUGAGAAAUAAACUUUAAUUUUUUAAAUUUUUA